CCCGCCCCCGCUCCGCCCCCGGAGCCGCAGCCCCGCCCGCCACCGCCGUCGCCAUGUUGUGGCUCCCGCUGCCGGCGCUGGGGACGCGCGCGGCCGAGCCCGGGGCCUGCAGCCGCCGCCGCCGCCAGCCAGUCCAGCAGCAGUCUGCAGACGGGCACUGGGAAGCCACUGGACCACAUCCUUUCUGAGGUCCCCUUCAGCUCUAACAUCCUCCCUCGCCGGCAUCCAGCCAUGGGGGACAUGAAGACUCCAGAUUUUGAUGACCUUCUGGCUGCCUUUGACAUCCCAGACCCCACCAGCCUUGAUGCCAAGGAGGCCAUCCAGACCCCCAGUGAGGAGAAUGAGAGCCCUCUCAAGCCUCCAGUCAUGUGUGUGGAUGAGAACGUGUCCUUGUCUCACUCGGCAUCAGCCUCAGACGCACCGGCCGUGAGUGUCAUUGUCAAGAACACCAGCCGCCAGGAGUCGUUUGAAACGGAGAAAGACCACAUUGCUCCCAGCCUCCUACACAAUGGAUUCCGGGGCUCAGACCUGCCUCCAGAUCCUCACAACCUGGCCCACAACUGUGGGAAGUUCGACUCCACUUUCAUGAAUGGAGACAGUGCCAGGAGUUUCCCUGGCAAGCUGGAACCUUCCAAAUCAGAGCCAUUGCCAACCUUUAACCAGUUCAGUCCAAUCUCCAGCCCAGAGUCUGAGGAUGCCAUCAAAGAUAAUGGGUUUGGGAUGAAGCCCAAGCACUCUGAUAGUUAUUUCCCACCGCCUCCCGGGUGUGGGCCUGUUGGGGGCCCAGUCCUGGAGGCUCUGGCUAAGUUUCCAGUCCCAGAGCUACACAUGUUUGAUCACUUUUGUAAGAAAGAACCUAAGCCAGAACCCGUGUCCCUGGGGAGUCCGCAGGAGCGCGAGCGAGGUGGGAAGACAGUGGCGGAACCGCACACAGAGCUGUUCUUCGGGGAAGCUUUGGAGUUCCACAGCCACCCCAGCAACAGUGUCACAGAGCCUGCGGGGCUGGCCCUGGAGCUCGGCGCCUGCUCUGCAGUCCCCCCGAGGCAGCGCCUGAAGCCAGCUCAUUCCAAGCUGUCCUCCUGUGUUGCAGCCUUGGUGGCCCUGCAAGCCAAGAGAGUGGCCAGCGUCACCAAGGAGGAUCAGUCUGGCCACACAAAGGAUUCCUCAGGGCCGGCGAAAGAGGUCUCCAAAGGCAGCCCCAAAAUGCCCAAGUCACCAAAGAGUCCCCGGAGCCCCCUGGAGGCCGCUAGGAGAAGCACGAAGGCCCCGGACAGCCCUCGGAGCCUGUGCAGCGACUGCAGCGGCAAAGGCUCGCCCUCCGUGGCGGCCAGUUCCCCGCCAGCCAUCCCCAAAGUCAGAAUCAAAACCAUCAAGACGUCGUCGGGGGAGAUCAAACGGACCGUCACGAGGAUCCUGCCAGACCCUGACGACCCCAGUAAGUCCCCUGUCGGGUCGCCCCUGGGGAGUGCCGUCGCCGAGGCCCCCGAGGCGCUGGAGGACGAGAUCCCUGCCCUGCCUGCGGUGGAGCACUUCCCCGAGGUGGGCACAGGUUCAGAGAGCCCGCAGGACGACAGGAAAGGGGCCGACAGCUUGAUGAAGGCCGGCAGAUCUCCGUCGCCCUGCUGCGGUUCUGGGUCCCGCGCCCCCAAGGGGGCCACCCUCGGCUCACAGCCGGGCAGGAAGCAGCAGCCCAGCAGAGCGCCGCAGGCGUCUGCCCUGGCCCCUGCCAGCCUCCUGCCCAAAGCCGUGCACCUGGCCAACCUGAACCUGGUCCCCCACAGCGUCGCCGCGUCGGUGACGGCCAAGUCCUCGGCGCAGAGGCGUAGCCAGCCGCAGCUCACACAGAUGUCCGUGCCCCUGGUCCACCAGGUGAAGAAGGCCGCCCCGCUGGUGGUGGAGAUCUUCCACAAGGUCCUCCACAGCUCCAACCCCGUGCCCCUCUACGCGCCAAACCUCAGCCCGCCUGCGGACAGCAGGAUCCACGUGCCGGCCAGUGGGUACUGUUGCCUGGAGUGUGGGGACGCGUUUGCCUUAGAGAAGAGCCUGAGCCAGCACUACGGCCGGCGCAGCGUCCACAUCGAGGUGCUGUGCUCGCUCUGCUCCCAGACGCUGCUCUUCUUCAACAAGUGCAGUCUGCUGCGGCACGCCCGCGCCCACAAGAGCAAGGGGCUCGCCAUGCAGUGCUCCCAGCUGCUGGUCAAGCCCAUCUCUGUGGACCAGAUGUUCGUGUCGGCCCCUGCCAGCUCCACGGCCCCAGCAGCUCCUGUGCCCCACCUUUCCCCCAAACACAGCGUCGUGCCAGCCAGUGCCAGCCCAACCCUUCCUGCCUUGCCGCUCUACCCAGACCCUGUGAGGCUCAUCCGGCAUGGAGUCAAGUGUCUCGAGUGUCACAAGCAGAUACGGGAUUACGUGGCCAUGGCCGCACAUUACCAGAGGACGGCAGAGGAGGCCGAGGGGCUGACAUGCCAGGUGUGCCAGAUGCUGCUGCCCAACCAGUGUAGCUUCUGUGCCCACCAGCGGAUCCACGCUCACAAGUCCCCCUACUGCUGCCCGGAGUGUGGAGCCCUCUGUCGCUCUGCCUACUUCCAGACUCAUGUAAAGGAGAAUUGCCUGCACUAUGCCCGCAAGGUGGGCUACAGAUGCAUCCACUGUGGGGUUGUCCACCUGACCUUGGCCUUGUUGAAAAGCCACAUCCAGGAGCGACACUGCCAGGUUUUCCACAAAUGUGCUUUCUGUCCCAUGGCCUUCAAGACUGCCAGCAGCACCGCGGACCACAGCACCACCCAGCACCCUGCCCAGCCCCACAGACCCUCCCAGCUCAUUUAUAAGUGCUCAUGCGAAAUGGUGUUCAACAAGAAGAGGCACAUUCAGCAGCAUUUUUACCAGAAUUCCAGCAAGACCCAGGUGGGCGUCUUCAAGUGCCCGGAGUGCCCACUCUUGUUCCUGCAGAAGCCAGAACUGAUGCAGCACGUCAAGAGCACCCACGGUGUUCCCCGAAAUGUGGACGAGCUGUCUAGUCUCCAGUCCUCAGCAGACACCUCCUCAGGCCGUCCUGGCGCUCGAGUCCCCACUGAGCCCCCAGCCACUAGCAUGGCUGCUCGGGGCAGCUCCCUACCCUCCAGCCGCUGGAGCAGGCCUGAGGCCCAUCGCAGGGCUGAGGCCAGGCCCCGGCUGAGGAACACUGGCUGGACCUGCCAGGAGUGCCAGGAGUGGGUUCCUGAUCGGGAGAACUAUGUGUCGCACAUGAAAAAAAGCCACGGUAGGACGCUGAAGCGGUACCCGUGCCGGCAGUGUGAGCAGUCCUUCCACACCCCCAACAGCCUGCGCAAACACAUCCGUAACAACCACGACACAGUGAAGAAAGUCUACACUUGCGGAUAUUGCACAGAGGACAGCCCCAGCUUUCCUCGGCCCUCCCUCCUGGAGAGCCACAUCAGCCUUAUGCACGGCAUCAGAAACCCUGACUUGAGCCAGACAUCCAAAGGCAGACCCCCGGGUGGACGUUCCCCUCAGGUGAACCAUCUGAAAAGACCAGUCAGCGGAGCAGGGGACGCUCCGGGCACCAGCAAUGGCGCGACUGUCUCUUCCACCAAAAGGCACAAGUCCCUUUUCCAGUGUGCGAAAUGUAGCUUUGCCACAGACUCGGGGCUCGAGUUUCAGAGCCACAUACCUCAGCACCAGGCGGACAGCUCCACAGCCCAGUGUCUCCUCUGUGGCCUGUGCUACACCUCUGCCAGCUCCCUCAGCCGCCACCUCUUCAUCGUCCACAAGGUGAGAGACCAGGACGAGGAGGAGGCCGCAGUGGAGGCGACAGAGCCAGAGGAGGGCUCCAGGGAGGAGGUGUCCUUGGAGGCCAGGGAGAAUGGACUGGAAGACGGUGCUGGCGAGCCUUUGCUGGGCAGCCUGGAGGCGAGGAGAUCGCUGGGCCCGGCCUCAUGGGAGGAGAGGGCCCAGGAUCCCCAGAGUCACCCGCAGGCCUCUCAGGACCAGGAAGGCCGUGCACUGUCCUCUCAGGUGUGACUGGAGGCUCCACAGUGUGUGCAGUCGCCACCGGGUGUCCUUAACCUGCCGUGUGGACCACGGGAAGUGAAAAGCUCUGCCCCAGGGGAGCGUGGCGGCUGUGCCCUGGAGCGGUGUCUGCUGAGCCCAGGACGCGCGGGGGGACCCGGGACCCCUGCAGCGCUGAACCUGCUUCUGUUAUUUAUGACUUCGUGCUGCUUCUUGGUGCCCCAACUCGCUUCUGUGCCCUCCUAGCCCAGGGCUGUCCAUGGGGCUUGAAACUCCGCCAGGCCUGCUCUUUUGGGAGGUCCCUCCUGCUGCCUGCAGCCUGGGGCGCCUCAGAGCUCUGGGCCUGCCAGCAGCCCUGCGCCCUGCCAUGCGGGCCCGAGGAGGGGCCUGAGGCGCCGGUGCCGCCCCCGGUGAGCGCUCCGCCAGGCCUGGCCUGGCCUGGCAGGGGCUGGGCUCCCCUGGCCUUUCCUUCCUGUCUCCUCUGAUUCUUUUCCCUAAAAAAGAGUCCUGGGGAAUUAAUUCUCACACCGGCUCACCCAGGCUGUGGGUGGAGACACUUCGGCAGCACCUGCUGUCUGGGUGAGCAGGAGAGGCGGGCAGGCGCCUGGAGGCAGACCCUUCAGAAGGAGCUGUGAGCUCCGCGCUGCUGCUCUGCCUCUCCUGACAGGUGUGGCUUGGGGUGCACAGACGUGGGAAGAUUUGUAUUCUUGCUCCUGUGCCAUUAGAGAGGCUGCUGCCCCAUGCAGGCCAGCCCCUCCUCCUCGGCUAUACUAAUGUUGCUCAGACUAUAUUUCAAAUAAAAAAUCUUCUUACCAUGCAGGUAGGCUCUUGUAUUCCUCUUCCGGUGAGCCUGGCCCUGCCCUGCCCCACCCGGGGGUCUUUUCCAGCUCCCCUCAUUGUCCCGUCUCCUGCCAUCCGAGGAACUUGCGUCUGGGUUCUGGAGCUGUGUCGGGAAGCCAGGAGCUCCCAGCUUGUUCGUUCUCCAGAGACCUCCUGAAGGGUGAGGGGGCCCUUACGGAUGGUCAGGCCACCUCCCAGGUCUCCCCUGGGCUAGCAGCACCCGCUUAAUUUUCUGGACACCUCCGCCUUUCCUAUAAAUGGGUUUUCAACCUAGGAGAACCCUUUGCUUGUGGCAGGGCCUGGGAGGGAUCGAGGCGAGGAACUCUGUAACGCCCUGGUGCUCGUCAGAGGCCUUGGUGUCCCCGCUGCCAAGGGCCCUCUGGGUGGCAGAACUGGGGGUAGAUGUGGGAGGUUGGACUCUUCCUUGACGGCAGAGUUAGGGCCCGGCCCAGCGCUGGGAGCAGGCUAUGGGGCGUGCCUGCUGACCUCUGACCCAAGUGGCUGCUGCAGCCCUGCAUGAUCUGGUGCCACAAAGGGAAGUGGGUCCUCGCUGAGUUCUUAGAGGUGCUCUUUCAAGGGAAGUGUUGAAUAUCAAUUAUAAAUUAUUAAGUCAGAUAAAUAUGCCUGACCUUUUCACAGUUGGAAAAAAAAAUGCUUUCUUCAUCAAAUGCCAGCUUUUGCAGUGCAGACGCUCAGGGCAUUGGCGUGCUUGCCUCGGUUUCAGAGCGGCCUUGCUCUUUAAUGAUGGCUGUGCCCAGCAAGGCCAAGUCCCUGCUGCCCGAGUGGGGACCACAGCUGGGCCUGAUUCCAGCUGCCUGCAAAGCCAGAGCUAGCCUCGACUUACCUGUUGUCCCUUUCCUGAUUCCAGUUGCAGGGUGUCCACCUGGGGCCCAGGACCAUUCAGAGGAGCAGGUUAUAGAGGAGGCUGACAGGAGGUCUUCAAAUGGAAGGCUGCACCUCUUCCUGCUCAGAAACGGUGGGAGCCGCAGUCAGGGGAGAGGAGGCAGUGAAAUCCACCCAUCCUGGCUCCAGAUCCAUCUCUCCUGGGAAUGGUGUGGAGUGGAAGGAAUGCCAAGCCGCUCAGCAGGAAGCCUGGGUCACAGCCUGGGUUCUGCCCUUAGCCAGCUCUUAACAGCCCUGAACUUCACUGGCCCCUCCCAUUCAAAACAGACCUAGGAAUUCCCAGGCAGCUUGCUUCUCCGGUUUUUGUGAGAGGGUGAGUGUGGAAGCAUUUUCUGGUUUAAGAAGCACUGUACAUGUGAGGGUUUCUUGACUUGACCUUGGGGCGUGGAGGGUGGGGUGCGCCUCACCUGCUUCGCACUUGGAUGCUGGCCAUCACUUAGGAUUGGCCCGGCCCCUCCCCCCCAUUUAGGAAUAGGGAUGAUAAUAGCCCUUGGCUCUGCUCUCGCGCCCAGCAUCGUACUAAACACUUCCCAGUGAUUCCCGAGCCCUCACAAUGAUCUCAUAGUUCUGUCCUCCAUUUCACGGAGAAGGAAGCCAAGACUCAGAAGGGUAGAUAACUUGCUGGGCCCCCAGUAAUGGUCCUGAGUCAAGCCUGUCUGGCCCCAAAUUCUGUAACGUCAGCCACUGUGUGCCUUAGUGACCCAGUUGCUUUGGCUGGCUGCCAGCAUGUCAGCAGUUUGCAGCCAUCCAGACAACCCCGUUCCUACCUUCCCUGGGGCUGGGGGGGCCUCCCCGAGUGCCGGGUUCCCUUUGGAGUCAGUCUGUACCUCAUCACUCUAAGGAGAGCCCUGCACAUCACAUUUGCUGGUGACAUCCUGAAACACACAGUUCUCGUGACCUUCCCUUCUCACUGGGGUUUAUCUUGCCAUUAGAAGGCCAUCAUUUUGAGGGGCCAUCCCAGAAAAGGUUGCCCAGCCUUCAGAGGGAACAUGGUUCCCUGGGGGCCUAGUAUCUUCUGAUAUGGUCCCAUCUUUGUAAAGAUGCUUUUUAAUGGUCCUGCUAUCAUUUAUUGAUGUUGGAAAAUGCUUGCUCUAACAAACACUUGCCUGUGCAUUAGCUGGCGUGAAUGCUUUACUCGUCAAGUUAAACAGAUAAGAUUCCCCACCUUUGUAGAAACUACAAUUUAAUAUAUUUCUAAGGCUUGAUAAAUGGCUAGUAUUUAUUUUCCAGCUGCUUUAUCUCUGUAGAAUGAUAUGCCGAAUUACUAUAAACUAAUUGGUAUAGAAAGAAAUGUUUCCUUAACUUAACUUAUGUAAACAGUCUGUUUUUGAAAACUUUUAACAGUUGUGGCUCAGUAAGUUCAACACACUUUGCCUUCCCCCCAGACAGCCUCAUUACCACUUUUUAUUUAGCUCUGGGCGUACUUUCUUUUUACUUGUUUAAACCUUUUUUUUGUUUUGAAAAAUUAAUAUAUAAUACAUGCCAGACAUCCAAACAGUACAAAAGGGUAUCCAAUGAAAAGUCAACUUGCCAGUGGAGGUCAGCCUUCAGUUCCGCAGUUAUUAAUCACUGUUACCUAUAUUUUGUGUACCUUUCUGAGCAAUUCUAUGCAUUUACAAGUUUAUAAAUAUGUAUAUUUAUAUAUAUAUUUUAAUACAAAUGGUAGCAUUCUAUAUA